AUGUUCGCCUUCCCGAUCCACCACCCUCAGCCGUCCGUCCACUCGACGUCGACUACGACCGCGCGCACCCAGUACGAGCGCGAGCUCGAGCGCCUCGCGUUCCUCACGCAGCAGCACGAGCAGCAGCGCCGCCGCGCCGAGGCCGCCGCUCGCCAGGCCGCGCUCGCCGCCUACGUCGAGGAGCAGGAGCGUCGCCACCGCGAGGAGGCGUUCGAGCGCGCCGUUCAGCAAGAAGUCGAGCGCCGUCGCCUCCAGCAGGCGCUCGAACACCGCGCCGCCCUCGCCCGCCGCGCCCAGGAGGAGCGCGACGCCGCCCUGUACCGCCAGGCCGUCGUCGAGGCGGCACAGCGUCGCGCUGCCCUCGUCGCCCGCGAGCAGCACCGUCGCCGCGUCGAGGCCGAGCAGGACCACCGCCGUCGCAUCGUCGAGGCGAGGCGGCAGCAGCGCGCGCGCCAGAGCGACUUCCCGCACUCGCUCGUCCAGCUCUUCCUCGACCUCGUCAACUCGGCGGCGCAAAAUGAGCCAGAGCAGCAGGCUGUUGCCGCGCCCGCUCUCGUCGUCGCCGACAAGGCCGCCUCGUCCUCGUCCCCAGCGCCCUCGUCCGCCGCCCACGCCGAGCCCUCCCUCCCCGACCCGGCCGUCGAGGCUCUCCAGAAGCGCUUCGAGCGUGACGCCGCUCGCCAGGCCGCCCUCGACACCCUGAACGGCCUCUCGACCGAGUUCGACUCGCGCCUCUCGUCCUUCACCUCGCCCUCGGCCCUCACCUUCCAGUCGCCGCCCUCUCCCACCUCGACCUCGUCGACGCCGCCUCUCGCGUUCGGCAAGCCCAACGCCGGCUUCCUUGGGCACGAGGACUUUCUCGUGUCGCUCCUGAGCAAGGUCGACGCCGUGUCGUCCGGCGGCGACAAGGUCAUCAAGCAGGCGCGCAAGGCGCUCGUCAAGCGCGUCGAGGUCGAGCUCGCCAAGCUCGACGAGCUCAAGGAGCACGAGUGGGAGCGCCAGAGCCAGCAGGCGGCGAGCGAGGCGGGCGAGGGGUCCGAGCGCCCGCACGACGACUCUACGGCUGCAGCAGCUCCUGCACCUUCUGCCGACACCGCCGUCGCCGAGCCUGAAUCCGCCAAGGUCGAGUCCGCCACCGCCUCUUCUCCGUCCUCCCCGACCCUCGACAACUCGACCCCGACACCCGUCGACGCUCCCGCCGACCAGUCGACCCGCUUGACCGCCGAGUCGCUCGCGUCUCUCCCGACCGACGCCGCCAACCCCAACCCGACCGUCCCUCGCCCUCGCUCUCGCGCCUCGACCGCCUCUCUCGACUCCGAUACGUCGUCGGCCGUCGAUCGGUACGUCGCCGAGAUGCUGCGGCGCGCCAAGGACCUCGCCGACCGCAUCGACGCCGAGGAGGAGGCCGAGAAGGCGGCUUCGGCUCCGGCGCCGGCGAGCGACGAGUCGGGCUCGCCCGCUGAGGCGACUUCUGUGCCUCCUGCCGCCGCAGAAGCUGUCGAGGCCGGCGCGCUUGACGAGCAGGCGGCGGUCAAGGCGCCAUCGUCUAGGCCCGCCGCGACUGAGCCGCUCGAGGACGGCGUCGACGAGGAGAUUGACGUCGAGGGGACGCUCCGGCGCAAGCGCAGCUCGUCGGCCACCGUCGAGCCCCGCGCUUCGGGCGUCUCGUCGAGGGAGGGGGAGAGCGCCGUGCGCAAGGAGGCGGUCGAGGAGCACGAGGCCGAGGACGUUGCGAGCGAGGCGGGCACGGAGGAGUUUCUCGUCGUCUAGAUCCCGCCCUCGCCGCUGUAGCACUAUCUCUCACCUUGUCUAGCAGACCUAAUCUUCGCAACUCGAGCAGUCUUGUCGUC